GACGGACCGAGCUCGCAGCAGCCGGAGCAAACAGCCGCCAGGGACCGCGAGCCGAGCCCCAAGCCAUGGCCCUGAGCGACUGGGCGCUGGUCCGCUGGCUGGGGGACAGCCGCCACUCCAGGAAGCUCAUCCUGUUCAUCGUGUUCCUCGCGCUGCUCCUGGACAACAUGCUGCUGACCGUCGUGGUGCCCAUCAUCCCCAGUUACUUGUACAGCAUGAAGCAUGAGAAAAACAUGACGGAAAUCCAGACCGCCAGGCCAGGGCUCACAGUCCCCACCGCCUCGGGCAUCUUCUCCUAUUACGACAACUCCACCGUGGUCCUUGGCAACAACACCAGAGACUCUCAGGGGACCCCGCUGCCUAAGGCCACCACUCAGCACACGGUGACUAACACGACCGUCAGCCCUUCCAACUGCCCCAGUGAGGACGAAGACCUCGUGAACGAAAACGUGCAGGUCGGCCUGCUGUUCGCCUCCAAGGCCAUGGUCCAGUUCCUCACCAACCCGUUCAUAGGACUGUUGACCAACAGAAUCGGCUACCCGAUUCCCAUGUUUGCGGGAUUCUGCAUCAUGUUUGUCUCCACAAUCAUGUUCGCCUUCUCCAGCAGCUACGCCUUCCUGCUGAUCGCCAGGUCGCUACAGGGCAUCGGCUCCUCCUGCUCCUCGGUGGCUGGGAUGGGCAUGCUUGCCAGCGUGUACACAGAUGACGAAGAGAGAGGCAACGCCAUGGGGAUCGCCCUGGGCGGCCUGGCCAUGGGGGUCUUAGUGGGUCCCCCCUUUGGGAGUGUGCUCUACGAGUUUGUGGGGAAGGCGGCUCCGUUCCUGGUGCUGGCUGCCCUGGUGCUCUUGGAUGGAGCUAUUCAGCUCUUCGUGCUCCAGCCAUCCCGGGUGCAGCCAGAGAGCCAGAAGGGGACGCCGCUGACCACCCUGCUGAGGGACCCCUACAUCCUCAUCGCUGCAGGGUCCAUCUGCUUUGCGAACAUGGGGAUCGCCAUGCUGGAGCCGGCCCUGCCCAUCUGGAUGAUGGAGACCAUGUGUUCCUCAAAGUGGCAGCUGGGCGUGGCUUUCUUGCCGGCUAGUGUCUCUUAUCUCAUCGGAACCAAUGUUUUUGGGAUCCUCGCGCACAAAAUGGGGAGGUGGCUUUGUGCCCUCCUGGGAAUGGUGAUCGUCGGAGUCAGCAUUUUAUGUAUUCCUUUUGCAAAAAGCAUUUACGGACUCAUAGCUCCCAACUUCGGAGUUGGUUUUGCAAUUGGCAUGGUGGACUCAUCAAUGAUGCCCAUCAUGGGCUACCUGGUCGACCUGCGGCACGUGUCGGUCUACGGGAGUGUGUAUGCCAUAGCGGAUGUGGCCUUCUGUAUGGGAUACGCUAUCGGUCCUUCCGCUGGUGGGGCUAUCGCCAAGGCAAUUGGAUUUCCGUGGCUUAUGACAAUUAUUGGAAUAAUUGAUAUUCUUUUCGCUCCUCUCUGCUAUUUCCUUCGAAGUCCACCUGCCAAGGAAGAAAAAAUGGCGAUUCUCAUGGACCACAACUGCCCCAUUAAAACAAAAAUGUACACUCAGAAUAGUCUGCAGUCGUAUCCGCUAGGUGAAGAAGAAGGCGAAAGUGACUGAGAUCCUCAAAAGUCAUCACAGUAUUUAAUUGUGUAAAAGUGUUUCCAGUGAAAUGACUCAUCCAGAAUCGUCUUCGUCGCCCCAUUCGUCCCUGGUGAGAGAGGAAACCACCGGAGCUUAUCCUUUCUUUUCCAUGGUUGUGAUUGAUCGCCAAUAGCCCUUAUAAAGAAAAAGCAGCUUUUCUAGGGGUUUGUAUAAAGUGUUGAAAACUUUAUUUUAUGUAUUUGGCUUUAUUAAAUACUAUACAAUAUAUUUUGACGAAAUAUAGUGUAAAUCUAUAAAUACUUGAAUCCAAAUCAGAUAUAAUUUUUUAACUUACAUUCACAAACACUUGGGCAAGAAAAAAAAUCGUAUAUUUUUUCUGAAUAUUGGUGAUGAGUGUUUCAAACUAAAGCACACAUUAUCUCCGAAAUGCUUCCAGCAGUAAGAAACUGGAAGGGAGUCUGCAAAAGAGAAUCAAGUACAACAGCACAUGAUUACGUAGUGACACCGAGUGCGGAGAUACUCAGUUCAUAAUUAUUAGUAUACUCAUGAGUUAGAGGCCAGUUCUCUCAAGCACAGAAGACAAGAACUUGUCAGUUAACUCGUGGGUUUACAAAUAAACCUUAGCUGGCACUGGUUGUCUCUGUCAUUGCCUACCGGGAAACAGCUGGUUAUAAAUUAUGUUUACAUGUAAACAUAAUUUAUAUUGGAAGCAAACAUUCAACUCAGUGGGGGAAAGAAACAGUGCAUGUUCUGAAAGCAGAGCAAAGCACCCAAAUUAAGUCUUGAACAACUCAAAGCUUUCCCUUUAAGAUACAUACUUGAUUACCUUGCUGGAUGGAAGAACACUGAGGGUAGACGUACCUCAUACUGUCAAAGUCGUUUACAAUACGAGGCGGCCAGCUGCCGUGACAGAACAGGUCGGACUGUGCCAUCUCGGAUCUGUUUGGGGGUCAUCCAAGUGUUUUCUAGGCAUCUGUUAAUUUUGAGUUGUCUGCAACUACCCUUUCCUAGACUCUGGACGUUGUUCACAUCGAUGUGAAAAAGGUUUAAAGAUGAAGAAGGGAUGAGACAUUAUGUCUUGAAUCAUGUUAGGAAAACAGGUAAAGGUAAUAGGGUGGUCAAGACACACCCCCUUCUGCAGGCAGGGAGAAACCCAAACAUCUAGAAACAUCUAUGUAUUACCCUAUCGUCUGCUGCUGUGCAACGUGGUGUUUCCAGGCAUGACGUGGAUGUAUGUGCCUUUCCAGUGUAACGACAAGUACCGUGUUAGUGAACAUCGUCGUGUCUCCAUCCAAGUUUGUAUGAGGUGACUGCCGUGUGACCCCGGUGUGGAGCGUCUCCAGGACUGCCCGUGGCUUCUGUAGUUCUGCCAGGGCACACAAAGAUCACCCGCGGGCGGUUCUCUUACGUAAGCCAAGACCGUGUUGACUUGGAUGAGGAGCCAAGGACUUUUUAGCACAAGGACCCUUCAGCCCUUUAAUUCUCUGGAGAAGUGAGCUCAUCCUUCCGUCCCAUUUGCUUUAGGAAGCUUUUCUGUGGGGCUUUGAAUGACCUGAAGCCUGCUGUCGGGGGCAGGGUGGUGGGAGCUAGCAAGCUUCCCGCUCACGGAUUUCCACCGGCAACUGCCAGCAGCGCGCUGCUCUGGGACGCAGUCUGCAGGCAUGCGCGGAAGGGGGCUCCCGGGCAGGUGGCUCCCUCCUGUCGGGGAGAGCCUCAGGAACCAACGUGCGACCAGUCAGUCCUCCUGGAGGGUCUGUGGGUCUCCCUGCCCGGAUACCUUAUUGUUUGUUCCUGCUUCAGUUUGGCCUCGAAGGCUUCAGCCUCUUCAGGAACACCUGGUAAAGGCAUGCCUGCUACUGGUUCCUAGAGAUAACAUAAAAGAUUGGUGGAGUUUUUCAGGACUGCUUUAGGAGCAAAAGUUAUUAGCUGAGAGGGAAAAAGGAAUUGUAGGGUCUUCAGCGUGGCUAAUAUUCUGGGAUUAGCUAAGACUGAAAAGAGAGGUUUUAGGGAAAAAAAAAUGUCCAAACAAAAUACAGCUGAGGAUGUCUUUCUGAGCAGAGGUGGUUUUUAUGUGUGCGCCUGGCAAACAGGUAGAAAAGCCUGAAUGGGGCAGCCACGACCAUUCCGUUCUUUCCUUUGGUUGCCGAGUGUACCUAAGUCACGUUCUAGCUGUUCACCGAAUAAACCUCCUGGACACCACCGUGCCUAUUUGUGCUCCUUUACACACCAGACAUCCCCGCUGGAACCGGACACAUGACCGGGUGUCAUGGACUGUUGACGUUUCAUUAAAAACUGUCCUCCACUGCUUGCGGGUAUCGGGUAAAAUCCACUCCACAUUAGUUUGAAUAAUGCUUUAAAUUAAAAUAGGUAACGAGUCAUGUGUCGUCAGUGUGGGAAAACUCAGUAAGUUAUCCUUGUAUCUCUAAAAAAUAUUUUCCUGGUUGCUGUAGAGAAACACAUCUGGUAAAGUGAACUAAACUAUGCAGCCAUUUGAGAGAGUGGGCCCUUGAAGUUCCGUAAAACUUACGGUGUGCGUGUGUGUGCGUGUGUGCCUUGUAGGGCUAAGAGCCUAGUUUUAAUCAAAUCUUCAAAGGGGACCCUCCCCCCAUAAAAGCAAAACUAUUAUCUCCAUUUAGAGAAACACAAUACACUUUUUAAAAUUAAGGUGACUUUAAAUUUAUUCACUUUUAGUGGACUUAAAAUUUUAUCAUCUUUAUUAUCUUACUAUUUGUAAAGAGCCAAAUACCUUCAAAUUGCCUUUCAAAAAAUUCAGAUAUACUUUUAGAAAUUGACAAUACCCUCACAUUUUCAGCUGUUUU